AUGAAUAGAUUCAUUCUACUCACUGUGCUGUUCCUAUACUACGCAGCAUGGCUACUUCUGCCGGUGUUUGAUCUCGAUGGGAAGCUAGUCAUGUUCCCUUUGCCGAGUAUAUAUGCUGUGUAUCUUCCCAUCGGUUUACUGAUCGUUGGCUUCACGAUAGUGGGAACGUUUCUAGGCACUAUAUUGCUUCUGGAUCCCCAGGAAAAGCCAAAAUCUAAAUAG